UCUCUGCCACAUUUGUUUCUUCUCUCAGUUUCCUCUACUGUCUGUCGCUCUUGCAGGAGUUUCAGUUUCAGGAGUUUUCAUCUUCAACCUGCCACCUGAGAAAUCAUCUCAGCUACAGAGAGCCUUUAUAACCACGUGGGCCUUGGAGAAAUCUGUCCAUUCAUGAAAGGCUCGGGGCCGGCCAGACUCGGCCAGACCAGGUCUUCAGGGACGAGCGGCUGUUUGACUUGGCUCGGGCCUGCGCCCGGGCACAGGGCUGCAGUUGUCCGUGUAGCCACAGGCUGCAGAGCUGCAGCAGGAACUUUGUUUAGCCGAGGUUUGACUCUGAGACGCAGCAGCUCUUCUUUGACUGCGCGUCCAAUCAGCGGGAGCUUUGCGGAGGCUUCCACUUGUAAUUGGAUGGAGGAGGAAGAGAAAUCAUCCGCAGCCUUGGCACAACGUAAACACACACACACGGUCGACUCUCUCGCUCCGCAGAGGACGCACGGGACAGAGCAGGAGGAGUGAGACACUGGAGCGCACACUGAGCCUUUAAAGUUUCAUCUCCUUCUUUUUUGAUUUCAUUAUUUUUAAAAGAAUUCAUCAGGAGAGGUGGAGAGGCUCUUGGCUUUGGCGCGGAUCAGAGAACCGGGCGCGUGUUCUUGCGUUUAUCGGUGGAUUACGCACAGCGGAGCUCACGGGACAGAAAAGUUUUGUCGCACGGGAGCGCGUAAUAAAGCGAGUUUUUCCCACAAAUGCACGGGAACGCACAAGAAAUCUGAUGUGAAAUCAUCACCGCCGCGUCAAUGGAGUGAUUUUUAUUUACCCAAAACAUUUUUACGCGCAUGCUGAUAGAGACUGACUUUAUGGAUUUAGAGUAAAGUGGGACUCUGGUUAAAUAAAUAAAGAACAUAUAUGUUGUGUAGGAUGGCAACCGCCACCUCGAGUCCGUACCUGGCGAGCAGCAGGAUUUUAUCCGGCCCGGUGCUUCACUCUGAGCGGCGGAGUGCUGGGAUGCAGCCGGGCAGCACCGCUGUGACCACGGUCUCUGCUGGAUACAGGGGGGACCCUUCAGUCAAGAUGGUGCAGAGUGACUUCAUGCAGGGAGCCAUGGUGGCGAGCAACGGGGGCCACAUGCUGAGCCACGCUCACCAGUGGGUGACAGCGCUGCCACACGCAGCAGCCGCAGCAGCUGCAGCCGCAGUCGCGGCAGUGGAGGCAGGUUCUCCGUGGCCCACGAGCUCCCAGACGCAGGAGGUGAAGAGAAACGCCGGCAGGGACGAGCUCCACUCCGGCUCUGCUCUGCACCACAGGUCCGCGCAUCUGGGUCCUCACCAAACGCACGCGGGCAGUUGGGGAGGCUCCUCCGCGGCGCACAUCAGCAUCACAGAGGGGCAGCAGCACCACCACCAUCAGCAGCAGCAGCAGCAGCAGCAGCAUUCUCUCAUCUACUCCCAGCCUGGAGGCUUCACUGUCAACGGCAUGCUCAGCUCACACGCCGGGCAGAGCCUCAUGCACCCGGGGCUGGUGCGCGGACAGUCCCCGGAGCUGGAGCACGGCGGCCAGCAUCACCACCAUCACCACCACCACCACAACCUCCACACACACCUGCACCCGCAGCAUCACAGCGCAGCCAACCACGAGCAGCACUCCGCGGACGAAGACGCGCCGACCUCCGACGACCUGGAGCUUUUCGCCAAACAGUUCAAACAGCGGCGCAUCAAGCUUGGGUUCACGCAGGCGGACGUGGGCUUAGCUCUGGGCACGCUGUACGGCAACGUCUUCUCCCAGACCACCAUCUGCAGGUUCGAAGCGCUUCAGCUCAGCUUCAAGAACAUGUGCAAGCUCAAGCCUCUGCUCAACAAAUGGCUGGAGGAGGCCGACUCCACCACGGGGAGUCCGACCAGCAUCGACAAGAUCGCCGCGCAGGGCAGGAAGAGGAAAAAGCGCACGUCCAUCGAGGUGAGCGUAAAAGGCGCACUGGAGAGCCACUUCCUCAAGAGCCCCAAACCCUCCGCGCAGGAGAUCAACUCUCUGGCGGACUCUCUGCAGCUGGAGAAAGAAGUGGUCCGGGUCUGGUUCUGCAACCGCAGGCAGAAGGAAAAGCGCAUGACGCCGCCUGGACUUCCACGGAGCCCGGAGGACGCGUACUCACAGGUGGGCAGCAUGGGUCCAGACACACCGUCACCCUCCAUAGACUGCAAGAGGAUGUACAGCGACACGUGAAAAUAACCCGAACAAAACAAACACAUCUCUGGAAAUUAAUGAAGACAAACGUUUCCCUGAAGUGUUCUCAUAUGUGUCCGUUGUUCUGUUGAAUCCAGGACAGAUGUCAGUACUUUUACGCGUCGUCGAGUAUUUUUCUGGACUAUGAAGCAACAUUUGAGGACAGAAAAAUCAAAUCCUGUCAGAAAACACAAUGUCCACUCCUUAAAAUGCCCCAAAACUACAUUUUCAGAGACUUAAACAGCUUGAUAAUAACACAGUUAUUUAAAUAUGUGUGCAGUUCCCUUGCAAUGCUGCAAAUGUACCUGCAUUUCUAAGUGGACAAAUAACAGUUUCAAUGUGUUCAGCAUUAGGUCGUUUUAUAUGAUAAGCAAUAAUUUAUCUUCCUUUUAAAAGGUGUUUCUUACUUUUGUCUCGUGUUGGUGGAUUUAUGUUGUGGCACAGUUUAAGGAAGAAGGAGAUAAGUCCAGUGUUUUUCUUUUAGGGAAAAUCCCCUUAAGUUACUGUUGUUUAUUCCAUGUGUGAUGAUUUUGAUUAUUUAUCCCCCGCCCACCCACAUGUGUUUAUUUCAAUUGAACACACAGAUAAUUUAAUAAAUCUGACAAAAGGAAAAUUGUGUUUAAAGGUGUUUUGAC